AAUGUCAGCUGGAUGUACAAUGUUUUGGUAUUUUUUCUUUAAUAAAAUAUGUGAAAGUUGACCAAUUUCUAACUAGAGACAAUGAUUUUGAAGUAGCAAAACUAUAGCAUAAAACAUAGAAAUGAUUAUUUCAAGACUCUUGCUCCUACGACCAUUCUGUAGGGACAAUUUUAGACCAAGUAUUAAAUACUGUACAAUAAAAACUGAAGCGGAGAUAUUAAAAGAAAAGGAACUUGAGCGGAUAGCAAAUGACGCAUCAAUAGAUGAACCUCCAACCGCAUGCUGCCAAUCUGGAUGCUCCAACUGUGUCUUCAUAGUGUGGGCGGAGACCUUGAGUAAGAAGAUGAAUAAUGCCGGCCCGGAGAUAGCAGAGAAGAUCUUGAAGUCUGUUGAAGACCCGUCUCUGAAAGCCUACUUGGAAAUGGAGCUAAGGCUGCGAGGAGUUAAGAAAUAGCUUCAUUUAGUUAGUAGAACUUAUA